AUGAAGAAGAUAGGAGCUAUUCAAAAGAAGAUGGAUAAACUCACCAAAUUGGACCAAGGAAGGGCUUUCGAUGUGACAUCAGAUGCUAGCAACGUUUACAAUUUAAUGUUACAAUUGAGUACCACCAAAAGAGAUCUCGAAGCACUUACAGGAGGGGCGACCGACGUUUUGGAGAGAGAAGACCAAGAAAUAGAUCUACGGAAUCCAGAAACCGAACUUUCGUCAAAUACUGGCCAGAUUUCACAGACUGGCCAGAUUUCACAAACUGAUCAGAUUUCACAGACUGACCAGAUUUCACAAACCCCACAGACAGACCAGACUUCACAAACAAUAGCACAAAUAUUCAAUGACUUAAUUGAUAGGAAUACAAACGAAGCAUCUAAUGAUAUUCUUUUCAGUGAAACAGAAAUAAAUUUUUUUCAACAGUAUGAUAACGUCUCCAUAAAUAAAGAUUCUCGAUGCAUAAUACCUCCAUUCCAUGGAUUAGCUUUGGUUAAAACCGACCCGUUGUUCAACAUUCUUUUCAGAAAGAACUUCGAUCAAUUACUGGGAUUAAAGAAGUUGGAUUAUUUAAAUAGUUACACCUAUCAGCCUUAUACGUUCAACUAUCAUAUUGAUGAAGACAUGGAACGAUUGUUCAUAAGAAAGUUUUGUAAUGAUGAAGGUAUUGAGGACUUCAGGAUAAUCAAUUUGGAAAAGAAUUCUGAUGAACCAUUCUUGGGGGAUACUUUCAAUAUUGAUACUUUCAAUAUCGACACCUUCAAUUCCGAUGAUGGCUUUUAUAAUAGACUAACGGCAUCUCAAGGAUUUCACAAUGAUUUUAACAUAUCUACCAUGAUGCCCAUUGGAAUCAUCAACUUCAAAGAAUCAUUCAAUCAUUCUCAAUGGCUUCUUAAAUUGAAAGAAAUGUUACCUCCUAUUAAUGUCAUAGGAAUUUAUUUGGAUAAAUUUUUCUACACUAUUUACCCAUUCCUACCAAUUUUUAAUGAGAAGGAAUACAUACUGGAAAUUCAAAGAAUCUUGCAUGUGCCGAAUUUACAUAGUCAGAGUUUUGUGACUUUAUUUAACAUACGAAAAAAAUCAGAUAUUGUGAAUUUGGGAAUUUUACUUAUAAUUCUUCGAGUUACUUAUAACUCCUUAUGGGCAGGUAAUAAAGCAUCUAAUACUGCCCUCAAUAAUUCAUAUUAUACACCAACAUCAGUAAAAUUGAUGUCAAAUCAUCCCAUAUCUUAUAAGUUCUUCAGAUUGGCUCAGAUAUGUUUUAUGGAAUUUAACCCUUUGAAUUCGGAUGACUUUGAAGUUUUACAAUUGGGUGUAUGUAUUAGAUUCUAUACGAUUUUCGGACCUGAAUUUGGAAUUGCCACUGAAAGAAUCGAACCAAUACCUUUAAAUUCCAUGCUCCUCACAAUGUGUCAUCGACUUGGAUUCACUAAAGAACCUGCAUUAUUCUCAAAUGAAAAAGCUCUGAAGAAUUUUAAUUUGGGUAGAAGAAUUUGGUAUCUUUUACUUCAUAAUGAUUCAAUCACUUUUUAUAGUCUUGGGUCAGCCAAUGACUUGAAUAGAUUCAAGUAUGAUACUAAAUAUCCCAUCGAAGCAGGAAACAAUACCAAUGAAGAGGUGGAUAAAGUUUCCAACAUCUUGACCAGAUAUUGUGGCGAAUGCGUAGGUUCAGCUCGUGAGUUAGUUAAGGAGAUGUGUGGAAAUGAACCAUUCAACAUUGAAAAAUUCAAAGCUGUAAGUUAUGGUCUAUAUGAAAGAUUAAAAGAUAGGCCGAGUAGUGACAAUGUGCAUUCCAUUGCAAUUGUCACUUAUAAAAUAAGAACUUGUUUAUCCGUUGAUAAUUUCAAUAUUUCUACCAUAUUCCAUUAUUAUAGCUACUUCACCAAACAGAAGGAUUAUCCCAAAGCCAUGGAACAUUUACUCAGCUUAUUAGAAAUAGUUUAUGGUUUAGCUUUAAGAACACUAUUUGAAAUUUUCUACAAAAGCAUAAGUGAUAUUAAUAAUUGCAUUGACUUUAUCAUUAUUCCAAGUUCAAUCAUUCUCAUACAGAAAUGUUUGUUAGUGAACUUUGCCAUAUUGAUGAGGGUCAAAUUCUUAUUAGAUUCUAAUAAAUUAUCAGGAGACUUAAGGCAUAACUUAUUAAAAUUCUAUAGAUUGUUAUAUUUUGCAUCAAUCUUCUUCUUGAAAUUAUCAUUGAAUGCCAUUGAUAGAUAUUUCUUCGCUUGGAGGAUGUUCAAAGUUCAAAAUCAAUUCUUGAACAAUUUUGCAGUCAAUAUUUUUGAUGCUUUUUUCGGAGAAAUUUCACAUGAAACUGCGGUUGAAGGAUUAAAUAAUCAUUUUGGAUUCAAUAAUGAGGUUUUAACCCAAUCAAUCGAUGUCAUAUUAAAGAACUUUAAAUUGAUAGGUAUGAAUGCUGAAGAUUUCUCUUCCCUUGAGAAAAUAGAACCCUGGAAUGUUCCUGACAGAGACUUCCUCAAUUCCAGAUUAACUAAAAAGAAAUAA